AUGGGCGAAGAAGAGGUCGGAGCAGCUGUCCCUAAGGAGCAGCGACAGGGAUGGGGCCAGUUCCUCAAGCAGAUCGCCACCUUCUCCGGCGAUCUGUCGUCGAUGACUGCACCCUCGUUCAUCCUCUCACCCGUGUCUCUGGUCGAGUUCCCCGCCUACUGGGGCGAGCACCCGGACGAAUUCGCCAAGAUCUCUUCGGGCAAGGACGAGGUGGAGCGCAUGAACCUCGUUCUUAGGUGGUUCAUCGGCACGCUCAAGGGUCAGUUCACUGCUCGUAACACCUCGAUGGGCUCCGAGAAGAAGCCGCUCAACCCCAUCCUCGGUGAACUUUUCCUCGGCAAGUGGCCCGAAAAGAACGGCCGCGGCGACACUUCGCUCACUGCCGAGCAAGUCUCGCAUCAUCCUCCCGUCACCGCUUACCACAUCGAGAACAAGAAGGCAGGCGUCACGCUCGAGGGUCACUGUGCUCAAAAGACGUCGUUCUCGGGACGCACCAUUCAGGUCAAGCAGGUUGGACAUGCCAUCAUGCGCGUCAAGGUGGCCGGUCGCGACAAGGAGGAGCUCUACCUCAUCACGCUUCCCAACCUCCUCAUCGAAGGUCUUUGGUACGGCUCGCCGUACGUCGAGCUUACGGGCAACUCGUACAUCCAGUCCACCUCGGGUCUGCUCACCACACUGACGUACACGGGCAAGGGUUACUUUUCGGGCAAGGCACACUCGUUCAAAGCCACCAUCGGCGCUGGAGGCAACACGCUCUACACGGUCGAGGGAGAGUGGGCAGGCGUCAGCAAGUACAAGGGCAAGUCCAUCUCCGGUGGCAGCAACGAGGUGUUCUGGGAUGCGUCAACGCAGCGCGAGGAAGUCACGGUGCAGGACGUCGAGCAGCAGGGUGACAUGGAGAGCCGCAAGGUGUGGAAGACGGUAGCCAACGGCAUCCGUACGGGAGACUACGAUACCGCGUCCAAGGACAAGUCUAAGAUCGAGAACGCUCAGAGGCAGAAGAGGAAGGACGAGGCUGCUGCAGGAACACCGCACCAGCUGGAACACUUUGUUCAUGUUGAGGACGACCAGGAGUACUCGCAGCUCGCUGCUAUGUUCAAGGGCCAGCCUGCCCAUGAGGACGGCUAUCGCAACAAGCCCCGCGUUCAGUAA